AUGCCAGCAAAAAACAUUGUGACCGAGGGUAUUGCACUCUAUUUUCAGUACUGCCACAAGCAACCGCUGUGGCUAUUUGACCCGGAGGACUUGGCUGUUCCAGAAGAUUGCCGCAAAGAGGUAGUGUUCGGCAUACUCAGUCUCUCGCUUUGUUACUCAGACAAUCCCGCUCUUGAGGGGAGAACGGACCAGAUGUGCCGGCAAUAUGCCGAGGCUGCUCGCAGCUAUGCCAUGCUUCGUAUAGCUCAAGGCAAGGUAAACCUCUCUACUUUGCAAAGUUUCUGCUUGAUUGCAAUGGCUGAAUACAUCGCCAAUGACACUCAUCUUGCAAGGCUUCAUAUUGGCCUUGCUACAAAUCUUGCAAAGUGUGCAGGGAUAGAUAUCGAAUUGCACGAGGGCAGAUCUACCCCAGAGCUGGAAGAAAGGCGAAGAGUCUUCUGGAGCAUUCAUCUUCUGAACCAGCAGUACGCCCCUCACAGUAUGCAAUUAAAUAUGCUGCGAGACAUUCAGAAGCCGAGAUAUCUGGCUGCCACGGCUGAUUCUUCACGGGAGAUGGGACUGAAGCCACCUCAAACCCCGCAAGAGAAUGGCGCUCUCACAUCGAGAGGUGGGAUUUGGGUUUAUAUGGUGCAAUUGUCGACUUUAUGGAGUGAAGUGCAGCACUACGUCUCACACUGUGCCAGUGGAGACAUGACGCCGCCAUGGUCAAUCGACUCUGGCUAUUCUAUCAUUGGGGCUCACCUGAUGGAUCUUGAAACUAGUUUCCCUACAGCCCAUCGAUAUGAUUCAGCCAGAUUCCAAGAGCAGUCUCGCGCAGAACUGAAUCGCGAUCGCGGAUACUGGAGCCCCUGGCUAUAUCUCCAGUUCACCCAUCAUGCCGUGCACAGUGUCCUCAAUCACCCUUUUCUCUACUCUUGGCGACCCCAGCAAUCUGCCCGGCUCGCGGUGCCCAACACGUUUUGGAAAACGUCAUCGGAGUUGGCUCUUAUCCAUACGAGUUGGACGGUUCGAUUGAUAGAAAUGGUCGCUGAUAAAGAGUAUCAACUGUCUGACCCAUUUCUUGGUCACGCGGUAGCGAUUGCAGCGACUAUUCACCUUUAUUACUGCCGUGCUGCCGAUCCAGCUCUCAGAGAAUCUGCUCAAAAGAAACUUGACACAUGUACAAGGUUCUUGAGUGACUUGGCGAGGAAAUGGCCCCGACUUCAGUCACUAAGGCUCAUCGAGUCUGCAUUUGCUGUCAGCCCAUAUUCAACUCAUAGCCGACUGCCCCGAAGAACACUUUCCAUCGAUACAGCCUUGAUGUGGGACAUUCUUUGUCACAAGUCUCCUAAAACCCCAUUCGAUCCUCCAGGGGAGGGCCUCUUUGAAGCAUCAUUCUUGCAACCUCAUGAUAACAUCCACUCAGAUCAGUUGACGGUUGAGACCGAGAUAUUUCACGGUUCUGUCGCGGCGGUGGACAUGUCUGACGGAGGCCAAGCGCUGCCGCCAUAUUCCAGCACAUUGCGCUAUCUUGCUUUGUCAGAGAGCGAAAACCAAGGGCCUUGGCCUCGAAACUCUACUUUGUCAAUCAACAGUGGCUCGGAUGGAGUACCGCUACAACGGGAGCCAUUGGCGUGGGCGGCAUCGGGAUUCCCUGGUGAUGUGUCUUUCAUGGACGUCACGCACGACCCAUUUUUCCAAUUCCAAGAUCACGAAAACCCAUAUCGAGGAAUAUGGGAGAUCGGAAAUCUGUGA